AAUACCAGGUCGUCGGGAUGCUCCGACUGACGUCGAGGUGCCUAAGUUGAUCAGAAACUGUACACAAGUACGGGAGCUCGGCUACAUGCAUGGUUGUAAGGUUGGGUUGUUAUUGUCCCCCAUAAAACUGUACGUUACAAGUCGACGAAAUUCGAAUAUUUGAUUUGAUGUGAAAAGUUCCGUUCGUUCGUUUUUAUUGCGGUGCGUUUGUCCUUUUUUAAAGUGUUGGAACAAUGUGGGGGAAAGUUUGAGGGAGGAGGUUUUUCAAGAAUCAACAUCUUGAAAUUAUUUGGAAACCAAGCGUAAAUUGGCUUGAAAAAAAUUGAUCCUUGAACUAGGGGAAUAGAAUUUCUUGAGCUUGCCAUAGUGGAAAUUACUCUUAUAAGUACGAUAUUCUGACAACUACAUGAAGAAUCUGCUACUAUUUAAAAUCACCAUUUAUAUCCAACAUCAUCAACUAUAAGCAUAAUAAAACAUUGGGUUAAUUUUGCCCCAACGAAAGUACAGUGAAAUGAGAACCAACUGGAGUCCCACGAUAGUUUAGGAAGCAGAGAAAGUCCUUGCAAAUCAUGCUCAUCAAGGAAUAUCGUAUUCCUCUACCAUUGACUGUAGAGGAAUAUCGUAUUGCACAGCUGUAUAUGAUAGCUAAAAAAAGUAGGCAAGAAAGUAGUGGUGCUGGAAGUGGAGUAGAGAUAUUGAUCAAUGAACCUUAUGAAGAUGGACCUGGUGGAAAAGGAGGCCAAUACACUCGAAAAAUUUAUCAUGUGGGAAGUCAUCUACCAGGAUGGCUAAAAGGUAUUUUGCCUAAAAAUGCACUUAUGGUUGAAGAGUCAGCAUGGAAUGCAUAUCCUUAUACAAAAACAAGAUACACCUGCCCAUUUAUAGAGAAGUUCAUGCUUGAAAUUGAAACCUUUUACUAUCCAGAUAAUGGUCACCAGGAAAAUGUAUUUAAGUUAAAUGGAUCGGAUCUUCGGAAUAGAAUUGUAGAUACGAUAGAUGUGGUGAAAGAUCAGUUGUAUGGUGCAGAAUAUGUGAAAGAUGAAGAUCCAAGUGUUUUUAUAUCCGAAAAGUUUGGUAGGGGCCCGUUAAAUGAAAAUUGGUUGGAUGAAUAUUGGAAAGAGGUCCAAGGAAAACCUCAACCCCUUCCUAAUGGAAAAUCACUAAUGUGUGCCUACAAAUUAUGUAAAGUUGAAUUCAGAUAUUGGGGAAUGCAGACAAAAAUAGAGAAAUUCAUUCAUGAUGUUGCUUUACGAAAAACGAUGUUAAGAGCACAUAGGCAAGCAUGGGCUUGGCAAGACGAAUGGCAUGGUUUAUCAAUGGAUGAUAUCAGAGAAAUUGAAAAACAAACUCAACUUGCUCUUAAAAGGAAAAUGGGUCAAAAUGAAGAUGAUAAUGAUUAUGAUGAAGAUGACAAUCUAAAUAAUAGCACACAAAAAGAAGAUACUGGAAAAACCUUAGCGGCUACAUUUGGUAGUAUAGAGGUUAAUGAAGAUAGCCCUGUACCUUCGAAAAAAAAGGAUAUACCAGUUAUUCAGACAGGUAGUUCUGAUGGAGAACUCAGUAAUGAUGAAGAUCAUCCCACAACUAAGGUGCCUUCAAAACGUGAUGAAAAAUGGCAAUGCUCAAGGGAUUUGCAUUCCCCAAGUUCUUCAUCAAUUAAAAGUUUCGAUUUACAAGUGGCCAACUGGAGGAUAGAGAGCUUAGGCAGAGAAUCUGAAUCAAAUUCGGAUGAAGAAUUUUUUGAUUGUGAAGACUCGACCUCGUUAGCGAAAUGGAGUUCGUUAGAUUGUGUCACUGGAGAAGAUGAAGCUACUUCUCCUUCAGUCGUGGUGGAGCAAAAUGAUGAUAGUAUAUUUUCGCAGUCAUAUCUACAAAGAGUUGCUAGUGAGAGAGGAUCUAGAAAACUACUGCAGAGGAACAAAGUGAAUUCUCUAGACGCCAGCUUCACAGAUCCCCCAAGUGCGGCUCAAGCACAUGUUUCUUGUAACACAACAGUAUUAUUAUUGGUUAUGCAUGCUGGUAGUGUAUUAGAUGCUAAUGUGGAUAUGACGGCAAAGAAAUCAGAUGUAACAACACUUAGAGGUGCUUUUGAAUCGGUGAUGCGACAACAUUAUCCGUCUCUUAUUGGUCAUAUAGCAAUACGUCUCGUGUCAUGUCCUUCUAUUUGUACAGAGAGUUUAGCAAUAGUUUCUAGUUUAAGUCCAUACAGUUUCGAUGUUUCUCCUUCAUGUACAGAUGCUCCUCAAAUCACACAUGAUUCAAUACCUAUUGGUGCUAUACCUAUUUUGGCUUCUUCACCGCCGGAGUACACUGAAGCUGUUUCUAGGACAAUCAAUUCGGCUAAUACAGUUUAUCAAGAUUUUCUGAAAUCAGAAGAAGGAAGUGGAUUUUCUGGACAAGUGUGUUUGGUAGCAGAUUCAAUUGGAUCGAUUUUAACAUAUGAUGCUCUUUGUCGAACUAUUAAAUUUCAGUCCAGACAUGGUAGUGAAAAUAGUAUUCUGGAGAACGAGUACCCACACAAAGAUGAACUUCAAGUGAAUGACACAGGACUUCUUGCAGCGCCUCCUGCGAGAAGGAGAUCAUCAUCUACUAGUGAUCCAUCUGGAAAUGCUAAAUUUGAUUUUGACGUAUCAGAUUUCUUUAUGUUCGGAACGCCACUUGCUCUAGUUUUAGCUUAUCGCAAAAUGGCAACAGCAGAAGAUAAGACAAGUCAUAUAGCUAAACCAAAUUGUCUUCAAGUUUACAAUUUAUUCCAUCCAACGGAUCCAGUGGCUACCAGACUGGAGCCACUUUUGUCCGCAAGAUUUUCUAUUUUACCUCCAGUGAAUAUUCCGAGAUAUGUAAAAUAUCCUCUCGGAAAUGGUCAACCCUAUCAUCUUCUUGAAAUUCUUCAAACGAAUCCCCAAAUGUUUAGUGAUUCAUCUCAGCCUAGACGCCUAUCUGAAGUUUCAAUUCAAAGUACAGUUUCUGGAUUGAUUGAUAAUAUACCGCUUCAAGCAAUUUCUGCUUUGCAACAAAAAUGGUGGGGCAGUAAAAGAAUGGAUUAUGCUCUAUACUGCCCAGAAGGCUUGUCCAAUUUUCCAACGAACGCUUUACCACACCUUUUCCACGCCAGCUACUGGGAAAGUAGCGACGUUAUUGCGUUCAUCUUGCGUCAAAUAGGUGGCAUCGACACAGGCCCGGUGAGUGGUAUAGAAGAUAGGGAAGCAACGUUCAAGCCAGGUCAGCCUAGGGAGAAGUGGCAGAGAAAACGAACGUCUGUAAAGUUGAAGAAUGUUGCAGCUAACCACAGAGCAAACGAUGUCAUAGUCAAAGAUGGUGCUCCACAACAACUGGUAGCAAGGUUUAUGUAUGGUCCUCUAGACAUGAUUACCCUGACAGGCGAAAAAAUUGACAUUCACGUGAUGAGCGAUGUUCAAACUGGUGAAUGGACUCAUCUUUCCACCGAAGUGACGGACAAAACCGGAAGAAUAACAUACGUUAUACCAGAUGAUAAAACUUUGGGAUAUGGGAUAUAUCCAGUUAAAAUGGUCGUCAGAGGAGAUCAUACGUCUGUAGAUUUCUGUCUCACUGUCGUUCCUCCAAAAACUGAAUGCGUCGUAUUCAGUAUUGAUGGCUCUUUCACCGCUAGCAUGUCCGUUACGGGCAGAGAUCCAAAAGUGAGGGCUGGUGCUGUUGAUGUUGUUAGGCAUUGGCAAGAACUGGGCUUCUUGAUCAUAUAUAUCACCGGGAGACCUGAUAUGCAACAUCGCAAAGUAGUGUCCUGGUUAUCACAGCAUAAUUUUCCCCAUGGCUUGGUCUCUUUUGCUGAUGGUAUAUCAACUGACCCCUUAGGGCACAAAGCUGCUUAUCUGAAUAAUCUCAUACAGAACCACGGAGUUUUAAUCCACGCAGCUUACGGUAGCGCCAAGGACAUAAAUGUCUAUAAUUCCAUCGGUCUCAAGGCGAAGCAGAUAUUCAUCGUUGGCAAAGUUUCGAAGAAACAGCAACAACAGGCAGUAAUUCUUUCGGAAGGUUAUGCAGUUCAUUUGAACACUCUAAUGGCCCAUGGAGGUUCAAGACCCGCCCAAGGAAACGCGAGAAUGGUUAUUCCACGAGGAUAUUUCAAUUUGCCAGGACAGAGUUUCUUUCGUCGUAAGAGUACCCGCUCUGCCAAGAGGUCCACCUCUUAUCCAAUUCAGACUGAAACGUCUCCUUUAGAGAGGUCACUGAGUAGCCGUCGUUAUCAGUUGCCUAAACCCACACUUUCAACUAUUGGAAAUCACUCACCUGGACCGUUACUGUCACCAGUCGAUCAUUGAUUGCAUUAUUAGAUGAUAAUAUUCCUAAUAUUUCUAUUUUUGUAAAAUACUCAAAAUGAAUAUAGGUAUAUCCGAAACGAUUGUUCUGUUCAAGUUUUCUAACCGACAAAAUAUUUUAAUAUUGUUACUAAAAAAUAUACCGAAAAUUAUAGUGAAAAACACAUAACAAGAGUGGGUUUAUGGAGAUUGAAAUUGAAAAUUAUUGUGCAAGAAUGCCCCUUUUCAUAUACUCCAUAGCUUAAUUUAAAUUGUUGUUUUUCAAUUAAUCAUUUCAAAUAUUCUUCCAAUUUGUUAUAGAUCUGUUCUGUUGUUCGUUAAUGAGAGUUGAUAAGUAAAAUACAUGUCAAGUAAUAUUCUCUUCGCCUAAUACUUCAUUGAAUGGAUGAGUUUUAUUGGUGAAUGAUUGUAAAAAUGGUUGCAUGAAAUAAAUAGCUAAAACUGGUUCUUUCAAUGGAAAACGAUGAUCUUCGAGAAUGUGAAAUAUUUAUAAUAUUUUGCCCUCACUAUACGUUGAUAUUUUUUCUGUGACGGAGUAGCGUUUUAAAAGUUUUUCAUAUAAAUUAUUUUAAAUGACAUCAAUUUUCAGUAAAUGAAAACUUGAUCUUUACCAUAAAUUCGAAUAUCAUGAGGACUUUUUAUCAAUAAAGUUUUCAGUUCCUUAUUGGCAUAUUCUGGAUGUGGGUAAUUGGAGAUAUAUGUAUAAUAUGAAAUAAGUGAUAAAAUAAAAAGUGAAAAUUGUAUAUGUAUCAUGUACAUACAAAAAUUGUUUUUUUUAAUUGUUGUAGACAUUGUAACAUAAGUCUCUGUUGAAUUUGUUGUUGAUAUUUGAAAUUUAUUUUAUUCCAAGCGCGUUUAGUAUAAAGUAUA